ACUGCAUUUCUCUCUAUCCAUUUCAACACUCUAAAAGUGACCUUUGGAUAGUCUGACGUCAAAAUUGCAUUUAUGUAACACCUUUUAAAAUUCUUUCAUGUUAGUAUCUGUAAAAUCUUGAGUGCCGAAUGUUUUAUGCAAAAAUUACUUUCGUGUUUUUCCCCUAUUGUCUGCAUUUGAAUGGAGGAAUUGGAUUUUGGUAAAGUUGAUGGCUUUGUAAGAAGCUAAUUUGGGUAAUGAUAGUGAAAAUGUCUAUUUUCAGAAUACUGUUAAUUGUAUAUAGAAAUUUGCGUAGAUUUUAAACCUAUUGUAGAAUACAGUUGAUAAAUUGAAGACAUGGAAUGGGUAAUUUUUUUUGUAAACUGAUUUUGUUUCCUUGCAUUGGUGUGAAAAAACAAUAACUGCUAUAUAAAUAGGUGACCGUGAUACAAUGUUGUCAUUUUUCAUUUAGGCAUCCCCUGCAAAGCCAUAAUUACCUAAUUAAGCUGCUAAUUAUAAGAUUAGUAUUGUGAGUGCACAGACAGAAUGCCCUUCCUUUCAGUGGAGCUAAAAAGAACACUUGUGUGUUCAGUUGCAGUUAUGUUAAAGAUAAAACUUUUUAGAAUGUGAUUUUAAUCUGUAAUCAAAGUAAAUCUUGGCUAUUGGGACUACAUAUAUCCCUACUGACUACUUUAAUUGGGAUUACUUUUUUAUAAACUGAAAUAUCUUGCUUUUUAGUAUGGCCAGUGGUGUUUUAUGUCUUGUGUUGAAGUGAUUUUUUUGAACUGUUUUGUUCUUGACUCCCUCCCAACCCUCCACCCCUUUCCUCUUUGACCUGAGUAAUUGUGUCCUUGCUGCUGGGAAAAUGGCUUUUCCAAGAAUUCACCAUAAUGAGCCAACAGAAGACACAUUUGCGACUGGCCUAGGUAACUGCAUCUAGUACUUCUCUUGAUCUCCAAUUAUUCAGCUCAGCAUUCAGGAUGUAACAUGGAAAAGAGGAAAUAAUUUUCAAAGAAGCUGCUUCAUGAAAAGAAUGGCCUUUUUAGACAACCCUGCUAUUAUCCUGGCCCACAUUCGUCAAUCCCAUGUUACUAGUGAUGACACAGGGAUGUGUGAGAUGGUUCUUAUUGACCACGAUGUUGACCUGGAGAAGUUACAUGCUCCUAUAUCUAGCAGCAUCAGGACAAAUGUACAGGGGGAAGGGAAUGCUGAGACUCAGGGUUAUGACUAUUCACAAUCGGUUGACAUUACCUCAAGCUGGGAUUUUGGAAUUCGUAGACGAUCAAACACAGCUCAAAGGCUCGAACGGUUAAGAAAAGAACGACAAAAUCAAAUUAAAUGUAAGAACAUUCAGUGGAAAGAAAGGAAUACUAUACAUUCAGCUGAAGAAUUAGGCUCCUUGUUUGAAAAGAAGGACUUCCGUGCAAAGCCACUGAAUACUGGAAAACCAUCUACGCUUUCCAUACGUCUUGAGCAGUGUCCGCAGCAGCUGAACAACCCAUUUAAUGAGUAUUCCAAAUUUGACGGCAAGGGCCACAUAGGUACCACAGCAACCAAAAAUAUUGAUGUCUACCUCCCCAUGCAAACAAGCCAAGACAAGAUGCAGCCAAUGACUGUGAUAACAAUGGCAAAUGCCAGAGUUCAAGAUCUCAUUGGCUUGCUCUGCUGGCAGUAUACAAGUGAAGGACGGGAACCCAAGUUGAAUGAAAACGUGGACGUCUACUGCCUUCAUAUCGCGGAGGAUGAUGGGGAAGUCGAUGGUGAUUUUCCACCACUAGAUUCCAAUGAGCCUAUUCACAAGUUCGGCUUCAGCACAUUGGCACUAGUUGAGAAGUACUCACCGCCUGGGCUGGCAACGAAACAGUCUCUCUUUGUUCGGAUUAAUGCACCACAAAGUGGAUUUUCUCUUAUUCAAGUUGACAGUAUGAAUGUCACCAUGAAGGAGAUUCUGCAGAAAGCUCUAAAAAGGAGAAAAGGUUCACAAAAGGCAGCAGGGCAUCAGUAUCGGCUUGAGAAGCAAAGUGAACCUAACGUAGCUGUAGAUUUAGAUCGUACCUUAGAAAGUCAGAGCACUUUGGAAUUCUGUCUGGUCAGAGAGUACAGUUCAAGAGGAGAGGAGAGUUCUGAAGAUGAGCCACCUCUGGAUAUGACAACUGUGCAAGAUAUUCUGAGCAGUCAUCGCUACAAAUCAUAUAAAGUCAGCAUUGUCCACAAGCUAAGAUUCACUACUGAUGUCCAAUUAGGUAUCUCGGGAGAAAAGGUGGAGAUAGACCCUGUUACUAAUCAGAAAGCCAGCACCAAGUUCUGGAUUAAACAGAAACCUAUUUCGAUUGAUUCUGAUCUACUCUGCGCUUGUGACCUUGUGGAAGAGAAGAGUCCGAGCCAUGCAGUAUUCAAGCUCACCUAUCUAAGCAAUCAUGACCACAAACAUCUCUACUUUGAAGCAGACACCAACACAGUCAAUGAAAUUGUGCUGAAGAUUAACUAUAUUUUGGAAUCUAGAGCAAGUUCAGCACGAGCAGACUAUCAAGCUCAAAAACAAAGAAAACUCAGCAGAAGAACAAGCUUCAGCUUUCAGAAGGACAAAAAAUCAGGACAGUAGAUCAGCCUCAAAGUAAACUGUCCAGAUAAUUCCACUGAGGAAGAUUCCCACGAUUUGAGAUGGGAGAUAGAACUAUGAAGCUGUACUUCUUCAGGCUGCCUAGAAUAGAACAAAGAGAAGUAAUUAAAUUUUGGAGACUUUUAGAUCUCUUGCUGUAGAUAUGUUCAAAAGGGUCCUGAGCGCUCUGGGAUGCAGGCUUACCUCCCAAAGUUUUUCCUCUUGAAAAGCAGCCAUAUCAGAGAGAGAGAGAGAGAGUGAAAAAAUGGUUAGGUUUGGUUCCCUGUGCUUUGAUUCACAGGGCGUGUCCACACAUAUAAUUACCUAUGGAAUAUGGAUUCAAUGAAUUGCACUGUCUGACAAAUGACUUUACAUGUGUCGUAGCUUGUCACAUGAUCAAGAUAGAUGAAAGUUAAUCAUGUGGGACAAAAGCCCUAAAAUUUCAUUUGAUUCUUUUGAAAACAAUAACUGGACAGUUUAACAGCUUUUUCUUAAUGGCUGAAUAAUACAUUUUUUAUGGCCUGCGAAGGAAAUAAACAUUAGUUUUUACUGUGACCUGUAAAUGUUCCUGCAUUGUACCUGCUAACUGUAAUAUAAUGACAAAGCACUGUGUAAGAAAUAGCUGGUAUUAUUUCAGACUGUCAUUUAAGGACAGAAUGAGAAUGUAUAAUAUGUUUAAAACAUUUUUUCUGGCAAAAUGUAUAAAAAAUCUGCAGUUUCCAAAAAAACUAUAAUAUUUUUAGUUUGGAUAUUCUUCAUCAACCAGUUUUUAGAUGACUUCACAUUGUCAACAUUCAUUUCAAAAUGCCACAAUUAAGCCAUAAAUUAAAAAUUUAGUAUUUAAGGGAUCUUCCAGAACUGCUGCUGAUUCAGACAGUUGAAUUUUUUCACUUCUGUUGAUCUGGAUGGAUAUUAAUUCUAUAAAAUGAUGAUGAUUUCCACAUCAGCCAUUUCACUAGCACAAAUGUGGAUCUCCACUGACUUUAAUAAAUUCAGCCACUUUUCACAUCUCUGUAGUAUUUCAUGACUCUAAUUAACUUCAUUUUAUUUAAACUAGGGAUCAAAAGUCAGGACAUUGCUGAGACCUCUUCUGGAGUAGUAAGAACAGUUCUGGUUACCUGGUUAUAGGAAGGAUAAUUAUUAAACUGGAGAGGGCUCAGAAAAGAUUUACCAGGAUGUUGCCUGGAAUGGAGGGUUUGAGAUAUAAAAAUAGACUAGAAAGGCUGGGACUUCUUUCCACUGGGAGCGUAGGAGGUUAAAGGGUGAUCUUAUUGAGGUUUAUAAAAUCAUGAGGGGCAUGUGGUGAAUGACAAGGGUCUUUUCCCUAGAGUGGGGGAGUUCAAAACUAGGAGACUUUUUUAAGGUGAAAGGAUAAAGAUUUAAAAAGGAUAUGAGGGGCAGCUUCUUUACACCAAAUGGUUAGUGUGUGGAAAUAAACUGCCAGAGGAAGUGGUGGAUGCAGGUACAGUUACAAUGUGUAAAAGACAUUUGGAUAAGUUCAUGAAUAGGAAAGCUUUGGAGGAAAAUGGGCCAAGCACUGGCAGGUGGAACUAGUUUAGGUUGGGAACAUGAUCAGCAUAGAUUGGUUGGACUGACGGGCCUGUUUCCAUGCUGUAUGACUAUGACUCAAAGUGAAAACUAGUUUUGUCUUGCCUCACUGUCAUUUGUUGAGCAAAUAUUUCCUUAAAGUUUGGGCAAGACCGAAAAGCCAUCAGAUCUAGUCCCUGCUUAAAUAGCCACAUCUUUGCAUCUAAAUCCCUCCGGUCCCUUCUAAUUUCCACAGACUUAAACUGGAUAGUACCCAACCAUGGUCAGCAUUCAGGUAAAUUUUCACCAGCUUGCCAAACAGCACAACAAUGCAGACUUUGUCACCUUAAGAAUCAAUUGGUCAAUUACUAUCGUGCUAACUCUCAAGUUCUUCACAAACUGCAACUCUUCAAAUACCCUGCAUAACUUUGUUUACUAAAAGUCAUGUCCACUUAAAUUCUUUGUACACCAUACUAUUCACAAACCCCACGCACAAAUUCAGCAACUUCAAACCGUCUUUAUCUUCAGUUCUUUCUUUGACCUUGCCAUCCUUCUAUUUGCAUACUUACUCAGCCCGUUGUGUUCCUUGGUGCACUGUUUGUUUGGUCCCACCUGUUCCUUGCUAUAUUCCACACAAUUUGGAAACAGAGUCUUCAAUUCUUCCCAUCCGCAAUCUCCUCUUCUACGCUUCUUGAAAGUUCUCCCCAACUGAUUUUGAUUUAAUUCACCGCUGUCAAUCCUCGUCCUCUUGUGCGUUUUUUUUGUCUAAAGCAUUUCAACAUGUUUUCUUAGCUUGCUGUUUAAAACACAUAUGUAGUCAAAUAAAUAUGGCACUGUUCAGCUCCAUUUUGAAAGACUUGACUUUGUGAAUGCAUGCCAGUCGAUGCAGAAAGUGUGUUUCUCUAUAAAGGUAAUGUCAAAUGGAGAAGUGAGAGAUACAUUUAAAAGCCAACCACAGUUGUUAUAACGACAUCAUUGUCUUCACCAUUUCUGGAUGAAAUGAUUCUGUAGCCUAAUGAAAUUAACAUUAUGGAAUUCCACAAAAUAAGCUUUGACCUACUGCUGGUGGCAUACCUGUUGUCUUCAUAUAAAAAAACUUAUUCUCCGGUUGUAAGCAUUACUGCAACUUUCAAGAUGGUAAGGAGGUCUUGCAUCUCCUUUUUGAACUGUUUGUAGCAGGGCAGGCAAGUGGCUUGAUUGUGGUGUGAGUCAUGUCAGAAAUAUGUCAGACCCUAAAACAGAUCAGUCAACUGGUUUGGUUUUUUACAACAAUCUGACAGCUUUAUGGUCACAUGUAUGUCCUCAUUUUAAAACUCAUUCAGAUAUUAUUCCAUCACUUUGGGUUUUCAGUUCACACUGAUUGUUUUGAUUCUCAAUUCAAGCCUCCAAACUGCUUCUCCAGUUUGAUGUUCUGGUUUUCAGUUUGCAUUCUAGCUGCCAGGUCUCCAAAAUCAGAUGAAAACCAGAAGAACUGCGGCUGCUGUGAAUCAGGAGCAAAAACAGAAGUUGCUGGAAAAUCUCAGCCGGUCUGGCAGCAUCUG